AUGGUGUCGCCGCUUGGCGGUAACGUCGAUGCCACUUGGAAAAAGAUCCUCGAAGGAAAGAGCGGGGCCAACAAGGUCACGAAUUUCAAGGUUGACGAUCUGGCCUGCCAGAUUGCCUGCCAGAUUCCGCGUGAUCCGGGCGAGGACGGCGCGUUCGAUCCCAAUGACUGGAUGGACGUCAAGGAACAGCGCAAGGUUGAUGACUUUAUCGUCUACGCCAUGGCCGCGGCCGAUCAGGCAAUGGCCGAUUCCGGUUUCAAGGCGGAAACGUACGAACAGCAGGCACGCUCCGGUGUUCUGAUCGGCUCCGGCAUUGGCGGACUGCAGGGAAUUGAACAAGGGGCUCAUCUCCUGGCGGAGAAGGGUCCGCGGCGGAUCAGCCCGUUCUUCAUUCCCGGGCGUCUUAUCAACCUGGCGGGCGGUUAUGUUUCCAUUCGCCACGGAUUGAAGGGACCGAACCACGCCGUUGUGACCGCGUGCUCCACAGGGGCGCACGCGAUCGGUGAUGCUUCUCGCCUGAUUGCCUUCGGUGAUGCGGAUGUCAUGGUUGCCGGCGGGGCGGAAUCACCUCUCUGCCGUCUGGCAAUCGCCGGAUUUGCCGCAUGUCGGGCCUUGUCGACCGGGUUCAACGACACCCCUGAAAAGGGCUCACGCCCCUAUGAUGUGGCUCGGGACGGUUUUGUCAUGGGCGAGGGAGCUGGCGUGGUUGUGCUGGAAGAGUACGAGCACGCUGUUCAGCGCGGGGCCCGGAUCUAUGCCGAAGUCAUCGGCUAUGGUCUCUCCGGCGAUGCCCAUCACAUUACGGCACCGUCAUCUGAUGGCGAUGGCGCCUACAGGUGCAUGGAAGCCGCAUUGAAACGCGCAGAAAUAACGCCUGGCGAUAUCGACUACGUCAACGCACACGGAACAUCCACUCCUCUUGGAGAUGAAAUCGAGCUUGGUGCGGUCAGCAGGCUGGCAGGAGAGCAUGCCAAGAACCUGACCAUGUCGUCGACAAAGUCCUCGAUUGGCCACCUGUUGGGGGCAGCGGGUGCUGUGGAAGCGAUUUUCUCUGUUCUUGCGAUCAGGGACGGUAUGGCGCCGCCGACGAUCAAUCUGGACAAUCCUUCGGUCCAGACCGAGAUCGAUCUGGUGCCGCACACGGCUAAGGCGAUGAAUAUUGACGUCGCGUUGUCGAACUCAUUUGGUUUCGGCGGCACGAAUGCAUCGCUCGUCUUCCGUAAAGUUGCCGCAUAA